CCCACGCUGACGCUCUCGGAGUUUAGUAGGUAUGAGUGAUGGUAGCGCUGUAGAUACUUCUCUGGCUGGUGAAAGUCAGCAUCUUCGAGUUUCUAGAGUGGUUUUCACUACUAGAUAACUCAGAUUUCGUCAUCGUCAUCGUUCUUACCACCGCCGACAUCCCCUCUUGUCAACUUGCGCCGGCGCGCAUAGACAUUCAAGAUGGGCGUCAUUCAAGAUAUUGCGGACAACUACUCCCAGGGCCAGAUGAUCGGCCUCGGGAUAGCCUUCAUGAUAUUACCCAUCGUUGCUGUCGGCUUACGAUUGUGGGCUAAGGCCCUCGGAAAGGGUAUCAAGAUGGAUGAUUAUCUCGUAAUAGCUGCAACUGCGGUUUCUGUUGGUUGUGCCGUGGUACAGCUGAUUGCCGCCAUCAACGGCCAACUCGGCCAACACCAGACUGUUGGAGUGGACGGGGCACCGCUCCUGGACGAUCCUCGAUUCGUCAUCUAUGAGAAGUGCAAACUCGCGGUCAACAUACUUUCAACCGUCGGUCUCGGAUUCGUGAAGUCGUCCAUCUUGGUCUUUUACAUGGACAUCUUCUACGGAAGGCCGUUCAAGCUCGCCUCCCAGAUCGUGCUCGGCAUCGUCGUGAGCUGGACGAUCUCAUUUUUCUUCGCAAACCUCUUCACCUGUUUUCCGAUCAGUCCAUUUAUCGAGGCAUUUUACCACAACAAGUGCGUCGACGGGCUUGCGCUGUGGUACGGCAUGGCCAUCUCGGAUAUCCUCAUUGACGUGAUCAUCCUCGUCAUGCCCAUUCCGAUGGUCUUGCAAUUGCAAUUGCCGUGGAAGCAGAAGCUGGGUGUGCUGGUUAUGUUCCUUCUGGGCGCAACAGUAUGCGCGUUCAGCCUCACGCGUGCUCUCAUAUAUGUCCACGUCGGUGAUCGUCUGGCUCUCCACUUCAAUGACGAGACUUACUACACCUCGCCCGUCUUCUUUUGGGCAGUUAUCGAGCUAUCCACAGCCGUGCUCAGCGCCUGUCUUCCGACGUACCGACCGAUAUGGCUUCUGAUGCGCGGCCGUCCCGUCAGGCAGAAGCAUCAGGGCUCCUACUUCUCGCGAAACCAAGACAGCAGCGGCAUCAGCCGUACCGGCCGGGGUUAUCCCUUAGGGUCGGUGACCGACUACAAAGACGACAUCGGGCUUACCGACAACAUGCGAGGAGUAGACGUAGAUAUCAGCGCCGAGGGCAACCACUCGGAGGAGCACAUUGGGCCGGGUCGCGGGAUUACCGUCGAGCGCAGCGUCCACCUAGGCAGUCGGCCGGUGGAACAUGUAUAAAUUCGGCGUUGGGCAUUUGGGCGGACAUUGUACUAUGUUAAGACGAAUACUAAUGAUAUACGCCGUGGGAAAGUCGGUCACGUAUGUUUAUUACGAGAUUACCUAAGAUUAAUAUACAUAAGUGUAUAAUAUGUAAAUCAAACGAUCUGUUGGCGAUUUUUUAUUUUUUAUUUUUAUUUUUCUCCCAACUGGUACCCCUUUUCACGGUCUCGGGAGACAACCCCAACCAGCGGCACAGCAA